CAGAUCUUUCCUCGCUCCUCACAGUUCGCCUAUUCCGCACGCUUUACUGAGCCGCGUCAGCCACCGUCCUCAAAGCCUUGGCGCAUCUGUGACGUCACUGCAUUGCGCCUCUCCGGCAACACGGGGACCAUGGCUCUAGCACGUCAGCUUCGGCUGUUAUCGCUCGUGACUCGGUUGCAUCUGGCGCCUCGACGGGAUCUAACGGUCCGCGGUCCCGACGAGCCCCUGCCAGUGGUGCGCAUUCCGCGGGCUCUACAACGGCGUCAGGAACAGCGGCAGAGGGGGCAGCAGGGCCCCCCGCGGCCGGUCUUGGUGAGACCUGGCCAGCUGCUGAUCUCGGCGCGGCGGCCGGAGUUGAACCAGCCCGCGCGUCUCACGCUGGGCCGUUGGGAGCCCGCACCACUCGCUUCACGUGGCUGGAAGAAUCGGCGCGCCCGCCAGGACCACUUCUCAAUCGAGCGCAAGCAACAGGAGGCCCCAGCGUUGCGGAACCUCUCGUCCAAGGACAGCUUUGCCGAUCUGGGUCUGGAGCCCCGCGUGCUGAGCGCACUGCAAGAGGCUGCUCCCGAAGUCGUUCGGCCCACAACCGUUCAGUCAAGUACCAUUCCCCCUCUACUUGGUGGCCGCCACAUCCUCUGCGCUGCGGAGACCGGCAGUGGCAAGACUCUUGGCUACAUGCUACCUCUGCUUCAGCGGCUCUUGGGCCAGCCAAGCCUGGACUCCUGUCGUAUCCCUGCUCCUCGAGGCCUGGUUCUUGUGCCUUCUCGAGAAUUAGCUGAACAGGUACGGGCCGUGGCCCAGCCCUUGGGCAGCUCCUUGGGCCUCCAGGUGCGGGAGUUAGGGGGAGGCCAUGGCAUGAGUAGGAUCAGACUGCAACUAUCCAAACAGCCUCCAGCAGAUGUACUAGUGGCCACUCCGGGGGCUCUGUGGAAGGGCCUGAAAAGUCAGCUGAUCAGCCUGGAGCAGCUCUCCUUCUUGGUGUUGGAUGAGGCAGACACACUAUUGGAUGAAAGCUUUCUGGAACUGGUGGACUACAUCUUGGAGAAGAGCCACAUAGCAGAAGGCCCAGCUGACUUAAAAGACCCCUUCAAUCCCAAAGCUCAGUUAGUGCUGGUAGGGGCCACAUUUCCUGAAGGUGUAAGCCAGCUGCUGAGUAAAGCUGCCUGCUUAGACUCUCUAACCACCAUCACCAGUUCCAAGCUCCACUGCAUCAUGCCUCAUGUCAAACAGACAUUCAUGAGGCUGAAGGGGGCAGAGAAGGUGACUGAGUUGGUGCAGAUCCUCAAGCAGCAUGACAGAGCAUAUAGGACUGGGUCCGCAGGAACUGUUCUGGUGUUCUGUAAUAGCUCCAGUACUGUGAACUGGUUGGGAUAUAUUCUGGAUGACCACAAAAUCCAACACUUAAGACUUCAGGGACAAAUGCCAGCCUCAAUGAGGGCAGGUAUCUUCCAGUCCUUCCAGAGGGGCUCCCAAGACAUACUUCUCUGCACAGACAUCGCCUCUCGGGGCCUGGACAGCACCCAGGUGGAGCUAGUUAUCAAUUAUGAUUUCCCUCUUACCCUGCAAGACUACAUCCACAGAGCAGGGAGGGUGGGCCGUGUGGGAAGCAAGGUGCCAGGCACUGUCAUCAGCUUUGUGACCCACCCUUGGGAUGUGAGCCUGGUUCAGAAGAUUGAGCUGGCAGCCCGCCGGAGGAGAAGCCUUCCAGGACUAGGGUCCUCAGUGAGAGAGCCUUUGCCUCAGCAAACCUGAUUACAGCCGGCUUUAGUAUGAUGCCAAAACAGGGAUCUUUACCUGUGUGUGUUGGGUAGGUGAGCACACUAGUCAUCGCUCUGGACAGCCUGCUCCCCUUCCUGAAGGCCUGGGCUGCUCUCUGGCUUCAGAAGAUAAAGCUCCUGGCCAGCACUGAAAGGUGAACUGCUGAGCGUGGCUGUCUGUGGUCUUUCAUGUGAAAAAUAAAGUCGAUUUUGGCUUUGUAUUACA